AUGUAUGCGCCCCCAGCCAGGGACGUUCCCGUGCAGAAAGCAGUUCUUUGGAAGGGGACCACUCUGUUACUGGGGGAGUUGCUGAGCCCGUGUCGAUGCGAUGGAUCGGUGAAGUGCACGCACCAGCCAUGUCUGAUCAAAUGGAUUAGCGAGAGAGGAUGCUGGAGCUGUGAGCUGUGUUACUACAAGUAUCAUGUCAUUGCCAUAAGCACAAAGAACCCUCUGCAGUGGCAGGCCAUCUCUCUGACAGUCAUUGAGAAGGUUCAGAUAGCAGCGGCCAUCCUGGGUUCCCUCUUCCUCAUCGCCAGUAUCUCAUGGCUCAUCUGGUCGACCUUCAGUCCUUCAGCCAAAUGGCAGCGCCAGGACCUGCUCUUCCAGAUCUGCUAUGGAAUGUACGGCUUCAUGGACAUUGUCUGUAUAGGUCUAAUAAUACAUGAAGGGCCCUCGGUUUACCGGAUUUUUAAACGGUGGCAGGCGGUCAAUCAGCAGUGGAAAGUGCUGAACUAUGACAAAACAAAGGACAUGGAGGAACAAAAAACAGGGACCAGGACAAAUCAGCGCCCCUCCUCCCAAACCACCCACUCGUCCUCCACUGGUGGUACAGCCACUAACUCCGCUCCAGCCGACAGCGGGGCACGGGCUGCCGGCCAUGCCACAGGCACCCUCUCUGACCACCACUGUGCUUAUACCAUCCUGCAUAUACUCAGCCACCUGAGGCCUCACGAACAGAGGAGUCAGUCUAGUAGUAACAGAGAGCUCGUCAUGAGGGUCACGACGGUCUGAGACGAGGAAUUCAGGAGGCCUUAACAAGAAGUGGAGGAGACAAAGAACUCGUAAAGCAGAGGAGCAUGGUGUGCCUUUUUCUUUCUCUUUCCUUUUCUUUUUUUCUUUUUUCUUUUUUCUCCUUUUCUUUUUCGGUAACUGCACAAGAUAUAAGAGGCAGCACCUGGCCAGCUGAGGAAAAAAGCAGGUGGAGGGAGAGUUGCACACUCAUGCUAAAGAGGUUAAUGUUUUCCAGCCAGUUAAAAAAAAAAAAAAAAAAAAAAAAAAAGAAAGAAAAAAACCAACAACACAAAUCACAAAAAAAACCAACAAAACAAAACAAGUGCAAUACAGACUACAAACUGAGUAGGCAGAGUUCUGGGGAAGCAGAGGAACAGACGGUUUAGCAGGUCUUACAAAUCCUAUUACCUGGAAUAGGUAACGCUCUGUACACACCCCCCGUACACACAUGCACGUGCACACAAACACACACACAUAGUGUGAGAUUUAUAAAAACAAGGAAGGUAACAAAGUAUUUGGAGUAUUUUUAUUUUCCAGACUGUGAUUAACCAGGGCUAUGAGUUGUUUUGUUUCAUGAGUCACUCUGGAGCCUCGUUCAAUUUACCAUAGGAUACCUGAAGUGAAAUGGCUGGGGAUUUUUCAGUACUGAUUUACAGAAAGAGAGAUUGAAUCAUCCCACCAAGAAAAUCUAACAAAACCCAGGCAUACCCAAAUUUCACCAAAAAUCCUGUUUUUUUCAUAAUGUUCCUGACAAGGGGUUUGUGAGGGUGGAAUUGGGAGCGGGGAGGGUGCUCCAUGACCUAUAGGCAUUUUUGGCAAAUUUUGUACAAACACUCCACAAGUGUUUCAAGCACAAGUACUGGUGUGACUUAUGCCUUCAUAACGACAAAUCCAGCAUCCAAAUCUUGCCACUCACACACAUCAUUUUUCCAUGCAGACAUUCCAGGUUAACUUUCUUCCAUUUUAUUCCGAUCACAAGAAGCUGACCCAUCUCAGUGGGUUUCUGCUUCCUUGCUGAUUCAGACACUCAUGCAUUAGAGAUGUACAUCUUUUCUUUUUGGUGUCUGUAUCCCUGCUGCUCGAUUUGCAACAGUCUCACUCAGUCUUGUAGGCUGAGCCUUUCACAUCCAGUCUGUUAGUUUAUUACAGAGUCUAUUCCAUUCAAUCAUUCAAGAGAGAGUUAGUCUGAAGAGGGAGCACAGUUGCUGACUGAAUAUAUAACACUUUUAAUAAGUCUCCUUCUCUGGGAUAUAUCCUCGAAGGUACUGGUUGCUCUUCAGGAACAUUCAAUGCACAAUGGCUGAAUCAUUUGUGGAUAUUAAAGGGACACUGUCAAGUACUUUUUAAAUAGUUUUUAGGGUUUGGGCUUUUUUUACUCUCCAUUGUUUGUAAUAUUCUCUUACAAGCUUGAAAAUAAAAUUUCUUUCCCUACCAAUUUUGUCCUUUUCCAUUUGGGCACGUAUCGUUCUCUCCACUCACCCCAUUCCUUUCACCAUCCCCGUCCUUCUCCCCACCUUUCUUCUGUGACAGGAGAAAAUCCAUGUUACUGAUUUCCUGCUGACUGUCCUUGCUCUAUGGAGGGUAUGUCCCAGCUCUACAGGGUUGAGCUGUUUCGCCAGUGCAACUGCCACAAAGCAAGCGUAAGAGCAGGAACCCUAAAAAUACAGACAUUAGCUAAUUGAGGAGCAACAGCUCAGCUGUCCCAAAACCAAUGAACCUGUAGUGAUCAAGCCUCCCCCCAAAAUUAAGAUAGGGACUUCAGCCAAACCGCAUCCGUUUAGCAGCAGUGCUGAGCAAUGUUGCACAGUGGCUGUGUCCAACUGCCCUCCGUCAUUCUACCAGCACCUUCUGCAGCUUCUGUUGGAGCCAGGGCAAAUGUGAGCCACCAGCUCCUUUGGCAGCUAGGCCAUCAUGGGUCCGGACUGGAGAAGGUCUCGAAGCCUCCAGGUUCGAACACACCAGCCAUUCUGCAAUGUUGAAGAUAGAGGUUAGCAUCUUAAGGCAGGUCAUAUUUUUCACCUCAAUUACUUGACAGUGUCCCUUUGAAUAUCAGAAUACAACAAAACAGGUACUUCUCUGGCAGAGAAUGUGGGAGGUGAAACACCAGCCGAGAAAGUUGACUUACUGAGGACCCAUGUGAAACAGCAUGGUUUCUGAGGCCACUGUACCUUUAUCUGACCAAUCUUACUAUCUACCAAAGAGUGCUUUUGGCAGAGGGGAGGGAAGGGAUGUUGGUGGGUGGAAGGAGAGGGCAAUUCCUAUCGUCUCUAAAAACAGCUACCCUCAGAAUGAAGGUGUUGCAACGAAUGGUCUCUGGAAGAACUGCUUCUGAUCCGCAGUAGAGUGAAGCCUGGCCAAAACAAGCAAACGCAGCAGCCUCUCACCCCCAUGCCUGUCCUGGAAGCUGUCCUCAUUCCAAGAGAUGAGUAAUUAUGGUGGUUUUGGGAAGGGGGAAGCAUACACAGCCGAAGGGACAGCUGUCAGACAUGAUGUUGUUUCCCUCCCUGCUCUCCGCUCAUUUAACAUGGAGAAAUCAAAUUCUUUUAAUUUGGCUAAGAGUUAAAAGUUUAUGAGGUCAGAAGCACAACUUGCCGUGAAAGAGUGGUGUGAUCUAGUACUCUGAGCACACAGGAUUCUGCAUACUCUCACUCCAGCUCUGCCACCGACUCUGUAGCCUUGGGCUGUUUGGCUCAGUCCCCCCUCCACUCAAAGGGGGAAUAACAAUACGUACCUACCUCACAGGGGUGUUGUGAGAAUCCACGUUGGUAAAGCCUGUUGAAGUGCUAAGUCUACCACCGGUAGUCAUGAAGCAUGUGGUGGGGGUGAGCAGCACUGCCCUUUUGCUGGUUACAGUCCGAAUCACUCAGCGGGAGUCCCAUCGGCCCUCUCCUGCUUGGAGAUCCUCCUCGAUCCGAAGCGGAGGGUGUCGUCCGAGUGCCCUCUCCUCCAUUGCAUGACAUUUUAAGCGGCUGUGAGGUGCAGGGUAGUGACAGACAUGAAGUCCUACUUGACCAGGGAUUUGCUACAAUGUUUUCUAUAUCUGUGGGGUUUGUUGGUUUGGUUUUUCCAUAUAUUGUGCUUAGAAAUAAACUUUCCACUUAGGGCUGGCGGUUCGGGGUCUCUUCUGUUGCAUGGCAAUGUAUACAAGUCUUAUUGUCUGUCUUACUGUGCAAAUGAUCCCGCAGCCCAAUUUCAGAGAUGGGUAUGAUGGUCUGAGCCUUUUCACAGUGGCAUAAGACUCAAAAGCCUGUCUAGACUGUUUAAUAUUUAAACAACACUAUUGAACUUGUCAAUUGUAUGUGUUCUGUGCAAUACGAAGCAUGUCAUUAGCUGGCUUGAUGGGCAGAGGGGCUAAAGGAAGGUCAAAAUUUGUUCAAAGAGCUUCAUACAUGUGCCAGCAUGGAGCCGAAGGGCUGCCACCAGCAAAGCAAACUCGAGGAAGCCAUUGGAAACUGUUUUCAGAACAGUUUACUCCAGAACAAGGUAAUUCUGAGUUUAUGAACUUCUAGGCUGCCAGCCUGAGAGAACAAAUGCAUAUUUAGUGUGAGGUUUGGGGUUUUGGAUUCUCUUCUGCUUUCAUCCCCAAAGUAUCAAUGGCAGAAAUACUGAUGAGGGUCUCUUGCUUCCAGAGCACAGUUCUCUCAUGUCCCACAACCUCCUUGUGCCAUCGUUUUUGUGCUACUAUGCAGGACUUUAAAAGGUGCAAAUGGAGACAGUACGCUCCCAAAACACAGAGAAUACUUUGUGUACUGGGGGACUCUAGCAUACAGAAGAGACGGGGCACAGCUAUGCUACAGAAGGCAUCUCCCCCACAUCUUUCCUCUAGUCUUCUCUGCUGGGUUCCUGAAGAGACGUUCUCUGUAUUUUGUUAAAAAGCAGUCAGAUCAGCUUCCACCGACAAACAAAGCUUACAGAGUUUGGCAGCUGUUUCUCCCAGUGGAGAAAUUCCAGGUCCUAUCACUGUGGAGACCCCUCAGUUCUUGGGCUUUGUGGUCCUCCAACACCGUUUGGGGGUGGUCAGUGUGGAGGACUGUGUUCAGCCAUCAUCAGAAAUCGUGUGUGUGUGGUCCUGCUCAUUCUUGUGAUUUCUGCUAGUCCCCUGAUUUUCCGUCAGUUUUGACAGGUGUCUUUCUGGUAAUGCUCUUCUGGUUAUGCUCCUCAGAGGUGUUUUGCUCUGUGUCAGUUGCCAAUGCUAUUCUUGCCUACUGAAACAUCAGUGCUGGCCUCCAGCUUCCAUAGCUCUUCCAUUCUUACCGUCCAGUCUGUUGGUAAAUACCCGGUGCCAAGGUCAGACCCUCUUCCUCUGUGCCCGCAGUGGCUCAAGGACAUGCACUAAGAGAACACAGGGACCAUUAAGAGUCUGUACCAAUACUCAGACCCCAUAAUCAUCAGUAAGUCCUCUUUGAUAUAUAUUCACUUUGCCAAUCUCAGUGCCUGCUCUUAAUUGGUUGUCACAAAGAAAACAAUGCAAGCAAAACCCAUGUACCCAUCCAACGCUUGGUUUCCAAUUUCAAAAGUCAGAAGGAAUGGACUGUUUUUCAAUGAAAUCAGGUGUGUUCCCUGAAGGAAAGAGCAAGUCAGCAUCACAGAUUUGAGUCAAGAGAGGUGUUGGCUGUCCGUUGUUUUUACUUGGGGAGACAGAAAAAUGCUACUCAUGCCUGUGAGGUCCCUUCUUAAAGUCCUUGUAUCUGGCAGCAGCAACAUGUCAGAGCCAAUGCCUGUAGAUGGAGAACAAUUCUGGAGACUUUCCAGUUCUGAAGCCUGUCCCCUGCCCACAUGUGGUGGUCAGUCAUUCAAGCAUCUUCUCUUUGUUUUCCUCAAGAUAAAAAAGAUUAUUUUGACUAAGCAAAGUACUACUACUCUUAAGUGUAGGAGGCUGCACCGUUAGCACUUCCAACCUGUGGUUCAUUCACCAGGACUCCUGCACAAGGAGAUCCUUGUGAGAACGCAUGGUGAGAAGACCUACUCCUUCCUCUUACUAUUAUAAGUUGGUCAAGUACUUGGAGGGAAAUAGUCAGCAGUGCAAUUGCCUUAGUGACUACAGGUUGAGUAUCAUAAUCUCACCUGUGAUGGCCCCUUCUCGUUCCUGAGCCAACAGAUGCCUCAUCCCCUCUGCUGUCUCUAGACUCCAGCCCUGAAGAUCUCCUGAGCAGACAGACACAGGAUUCCUCAGACUAGUUUUAGAGUCUUCUACAUCCUUCAGGUAUCCAGACAGGCAAAUUCAUUUAAUUGAUAGGCAAUGACAUAUUUGAAUCUUGAGAGGAGAAACAAGUGUAGGAACUUAUUGCAUUGACCUUCACCUCUUCUUCCACAUUGAAGGAGAUAUAGUGAAAACAUCAGUUGGUUUCCAUAUGACAGCAAUGAGCUGAUGGGUCUAGGAGUAUUUCCCUCAAUAAUGCAAGUCUGACACACUACAGUUACUGAAGGCAGUCUUUGAUCUCACAUCUAUCAUGCUGGAUACAAGGAGAACAGAAUCUGACACUUUUGUGCUGUUUACACAAACAUCAAAAACUAUCUUAGUUCAUUAUUCAAAUUUCCUCCAGGUCAGUGGGUGAAUUUCUUCUUUGAUGACAGAAUGAUGUUUCCUCUUCCAGAACUGGAAUUGCAAGAUAAAAUAUAUGUAGACAUAUACAUAUAUAUUUAUAAAUGUUAUCUUGAAAACAUAAAGAAAAAAAUAAACCUGAAAGAAUACUUUAUUAAAUAAGUCUUGACAGCAACUAGGGAGUUGCUGUGUGGAAAGUACAACAUAUGAUUUGACUUCAGGCCAACAGAAGACAGAAGAGGGAAAUGCUGUUAUGUGACCUCUAGCCUGUCUCAUGUUCAUGAUCAUUAUUGUAUAGCAUUUACCUAAUGCAGAAGUAUGUGGAAAACACUCAGCUCCAGCAGCGGGAAACAGACUGAAGACCCCUCAAACUUAUCUGAGCCAUAUUCAAACAAGCACAACGAUGCAAAAGCACAAACACCUGCCAUCACAACUGUUUGAGAAGAGAUGGAUUUCUGAAUAGGGACAAGGACUCAGAGAGUAAUUAUUUUCCAAGCCACACUGACAGUAUUUUCCCCAGAUGGUUUACUACUUAUUAUUAAUCCUUAUUUUUCCCAAGUAU